GAGCAGAUCACUAUCUCUCCUUUAUACAAUAUUCUCUCUCCACUAUCCCUUUUCCGGCCACCGUGCACCGCCACUCUCCUCCGCAAAGUCACCGGAACACGGCGCUCAACUGAAAACUCGUGUAGCUGGUGGAAUUUAUAGGUGAAGCACGUUUGAUGGUGAAAAGACGAUGAACUACAGCUGAUCAACUAGAUAUAUAUUGAGAGAUAAGACGUACAAUGGCGGAUGUUGCAGUUGCGAAGUCAUGGAGAGACGAGCUAGCGAGUUUAGUGGAGGAUAGUGGAAUAAGGUUUGCCGGAGAAAUCUCUGCUCCGACGUAUUCUACGCCGGCGUUUGAGGAGAAGAGAUCGGUGUAUGAGUCGCCGGCGAUUGAGGAAGUUGUGGCGGAGCCGGAGAGUUUUAAGGACCAAAUCGAAGGUUUCGCGAAGGCUUGGGGAGAAAUGUUGCUGGAAUUGAUGAGAGGUUGUAGAGAUGUGGUGCAACAAAGCUUGUUAACUGAGGAAUCGUACAUUGUGCAGAAAACUAAAGGUCCUUUAGCUGAAGCUUCCAGGAGGUUGAGUGUUUUGAACGAGUUUUUGCCGGAGGAUCGUGAUCCAGUGCAUGCUUGGCCGGUGAUUUUCUUCGUCUUCAUCCUCGCCAUGUCCGCAUUGAGUGUAAAUAGUAAACAAGAAACCACAGGCAAGCUAGUGAAAGAAGUGUACAUACAUCCUCCUAGUGCUACUCGUAUAGUGCUUCCAGACGGCAGGCAUGUGGCAUACCAUGAGAUGGGAGUUCCAUCAAACAAAGCUAGAUAUUCUGUAAUUGCUCCACAUGGCUUCCUCUCUUCUCGACUUGGAGGUAUACCUGGAGUGGAAGUAUCACUUCUUGAAGAGUUUGGCAUUCGUUUGGUAACUUAUGACCUUCCAGGUUUUGGAGAGAGUGAUCCUCACCCUGAGCGGAACCUUAACUCAUCUGCUCUAGACAUGCAAUACUUGGCUAAUGCCUUAGGAGUUAAUAGUAAAUUCUGGGUUUUGGGCUACUCAAGUGGAGCAAUACAUGCUUGGGCUGCAAUGAAAUUUAUACCUGAUCGAGUUGCUGGUGUAGCUAUGUUUUCCCCAUUUAUCAACCCAUAUGAAUCAAGCAUGACCAAAGAAGAGAUGAGAGGAACUUGGAACAAGUGGACAAGGAAAAGGAAAUUGACAUACUAUUUAGCUCGAAGAUCUCCAAAAUUUCUUGAUUACUUCUAUCGCCGGACAUUUCUAUCUGGAAAGCAUGGUCAAAUUGAUAAAUACAUGUCUCUGUCGCUGGGACAAAAGGAUAAAGCGCUGAUCAGAGAACCAGCCUUUGAAGAGUUUUGGCACAGGGAUGUUGAGGAAUCAAUACGUCAGGGAAGCACGAAGCCAUUUAUAGAGGAAGCUUCACUUCAGGUGUCAAAUUGGGGGUUUAGCCUUGUGGAUCUUCAAGUGCAAGAAAAGUGUUCUGGUAAAGGGAUUCUAUCAUGGCUUAAGUUUGGUUAUGGUCAAGUGAGGUGCGAAUUGACUGGAUUUCUAGGACCAGUUCACAUAUGGCAGGGAUUGGACGAUCACGUUGUACCACACCAAAUGACCGACUAUGUAGCUAGAAUUCUGCCAAGAGUGGUGGUGCACAAGCUUCCCAACGAGGGCCACUUCUCCUAUUUCUUCUUCUGUGACGAAUGUCAUAGACAAACGUUCCUGACCAUUUUCGGAAGCCCUCAGGGGCCUCUUGAAGAGAGCAUUGAAGCUCCAACGGAAGAAGAUGGAGAACAGGAAGCUGCAAAUCUUGAUUUGGCAGCAGAAUGAGCAGAAAAGGUUUCGUCAUCACUGACUACUGAUGUAUAUACUACACGAAUGCUCCGUUUCUCCAUGAGCACAAAAGGUCAGAUGUACGAUCUGUACUAAUGAGCUCUAAAUAUUUUCAUUUUUUUGUCUUGGGUGGAUAGUGCUUUUCGGAUUUCACUACGAAUUUUAACAGCAGAAGUUAGAGUAACAGAUGAUCACAAAAUCUCUUUUUUUUUUCUCCAAGAGGGCAUAUCUUUGCCUUGUUUGUUACAAGGAUCUGUGUUUGAUGACCAAUUUGACAGAGUUGAUCGUAACAUCUCCAGUGAUGCUUAAAUUUCACUGUAUCAACAAAA